AUGGCCGAGCCCCCAAGAUUUUACAUAACCGGCAGCACUGGCGGCAGCUACCAUAACUUUAUCAGAGAGCUGCGGCGACUAUUUGCCCAUCCUGGGACAUUUGCUCAUAAUGUCCCAGCCCUUAUUCAGGAAAAUGAUAAUCGUGUGGACAACUUGAUCGAAGUCGUUCUACGCACAGAAACUCACGCCGUGAGGCUGAGCAUCCGGCGCGAUAACCUUUAUCUAACCGGCUUCCGAGAUGACACGCCGGGAAGCACAUGGUUUGAGCUCGACAGUGAUCAGCAGCGGAUACCGGGGUCUAUAUCGGUGCUCAUCGCACACAGUUAUAUGGCGCUUGAGGGCGCCGCGGGCAUUAGUCGCCAAACUAGACUUGCUGUGAUGCUUGGCCGUCACUAUCUAGAUGUUAGUGGAUUUUUUGGCGUUCCAACAUUGUCUGUGAACAGAACGCCGCUUUCCGCUGCCGUGAAUCAGCUUGCCGCUUUACGAAAUCCGGCACCCGACGGCAAUAGACAGGCGACGGGGUAUUCCCUCCUGGUUGUUAUCCAGAUGCUAUCCGAAUCCAUUAGAUUCGGAUGGAUUAGCGACCAUCUUGAUCGGAACUGGCUCACUGAUUUGACCACUCCCAUCCGAAUGAUUGAGUUUGAAAAUGCUUGGAGGACACUAUCUGAAGCUCUGAUCCACGCCGACCAAGAUCCCGCUCCUGAAGACUUCCGACUACCCAGAAAUAACAAUUUCGGCAUCACGAAUGCAUUUGGCUUAGUCGCUGUCUUAGGGAUUCUACACUAUCGCGGACACUUACCCCUCGAUCUUUCUCGAUCCAUAUUGGCCGGUGACAGCUUCAAUAUUGCCUUGGACCUCUGGGACAAGGACUUCGACCCGUCUCCUGAUGACAGCAUCGUCAAAGAGACGAUCUACUGGUAUCCAAGUAAUGUGUGCACCACCUGGGACCAACCUAUUACUCAGCGAGUGUCGGGAGAGUCUGGGACUUCGGGCGAGAUUAGUGUGAGAGUCGGCUGGUUCUAG